UCCGGGAAGUCUUGUCCUUUUCGCACCGUGCAUUCACUGCGGAGAGGUCAACGACACACUCUAGUUUUGAAGCUAACCAAACCAGGCAGCCCCGCUUACCUGUUGGUUCUACAGCGUUCGUCUUCCUCCUCAGUCUUAGCUGAGUGCGAUUCGUGGUUCUUGUCUUCUCUUAUGGCCAAUCCUCAUCUUCGCGCUCUACUACGGUGGCGCAAAUUGGCCAAGAAGGACUGGGCCAUAGCCGCCGUGGGCUUCACUCUCGCUGUCGUCUUUGCACUUUUUCUCGUCUCGGAUUCCUGGCGAAGCGUCAAUGGUUCCGAAACCAACCCCUCAUUCGGUCUUAGCCAAAACGAUGAUCUCGUCGAUUUGACCCUUCUUCGAAAUGCCAAGGAUAGAGCCGCUUUUUGCUUGGAUGGGAGCUUGCCGGGAUACCUUCAAAGGGGAUUUGGAUCCGGCUCUAACAAUUGGAUACUUCACAUUGAGGGCGGAGGUUGGUGUAAUACGAUUUCUUCGUGUUCUCGGCGAAAAAUGACUGCUUUGGGAUCCUCAAAGUAUAUGGAUAGACAACAUUUCUCGGGAAUCUUAAGUUCUGACCCUGCUCAGAAUCCCGACUUCUAUAGCUGGAACAAGGUUGAUAUACGUUAUUGUGAUGGUGCGUCCCUUGCUGGUCACCCAGAAAACGAGAUUAAGAAAGGAAAUAAAUUAUUCUUCAGAGGUCAGUUCAUAUGGGAAGCACUUAUGGAUGAACUCUUAUCAAUUGGCUUGUCUGAAGCCAAAGAGGCUCUGCUUUCAGGAUGCUCUGCGGGAGGAUUGGCAACUCUUAUACAUUGUGAUGACUUUCGAGGACUUCUUCCAAAGGAUGCAACCGUCAAGUGUCUUGCUGAUGCAGGCUUCUUCCUUGAUGAGAAGGAUAUUCUUGGCAAUAACACCAUGAGAUCCUUUUAUCAUGAUGUUGUCCAGCUUCAGGGUGUUAUGAAGAGCUUGCACAGGGACUGCACUACUAGUAUGGAACCAUCUAGGUGUUUCUUUCCAGCUGAAAUUAUGAAAAGGCUACAGACUCCUGUGUUCCUUGUCCAGCCAGCUUAUGACUUCUGGCAGAUACAACAUAUUCUGGUGCCAGCUGGAUCAGAUCCUCAAGGCCGCUGGAAAAGAUGCAGACUGAGCAUUUACAAUUGUGAUGCCAAUCUGAUGGAUAUUCUUCAAGGUUUCCGAAAUUCUUUGCUGAAGUCCGUGAAUGAAUUCCGGCAUCCAAAGGAAGCUGGACUGUUUAUAAAUUCCUGUUUUACUCACUGCCAGACUUGGAUGUCUGAGACGUGGCAUUCAGCCAGUUCUCCUAAAAUAAACAAUAAGACAAUAGCUGAAGCUGUUGCUGACUGGUUUUUUGACAGAGAAGUGGUGAAGCAAAUCGACGGCCCUUAUCCAUGCAACCCCACUUGCCAUAAUAUGGAUUUCACUGCUGGACACUAAAACUUAGGACCUGGGUUUUCAUCGGCUAUAUUGAAGUUCACAAAGAAAUAUCUUCAUCCAUCUUUGGUCUUUAUGUUGAAAUGGAGUUAGCGAAGAUGAUGUGGACAGUUGAUGUUACUCAGAUUCUUGAAAUGGAAUCACCUGCCCUUACAUGCAGCAUGAAGUUUCUCACUUUACCAGAUCAAAGGUUCUGCGAUCAAAUUUUCGUUUGUUUUUGGAGCUACUGGCAGCAAGGAGGUUUAAACCUUGAAAAUUUUCAUAAUCUCGCACCACCAGAUCGUAGCAAGUGGCUUAUUGUAUCACUAUCUUCAAGUCUUCUGUUUCAUGGCAAUUCAGUUUCUGUUAGGAUUCCCCUGUACAUUGCUGUCUAGAUAAGAGUGGUUUUUCCUUUUUCUUUGCUUCUUAAAUAUCUCAAAAUUUAUAUCAAGAUUCCAAGUCAUACACAAUUCUUUCUAAUACAUUUGUCAAUCUGCGCUUGUUUUAUUAGAUUACUGACAAUUGCUCGCGAA